AUGCUGGAAGCGCUUUUUGAUCAUCUGCUGGAAAAACCGGGUCUGUACCUCGACGAGAUGGCUAUCUUUUUAUGGGAUGAAUUCCAGAUGCUAGCAACAACUUCUAGCAUUAGAAGGGCCCUCGUAUCCAACCGUUGGUCGAGAAAGACUGCCCGUCAGAAAGCGAAAGAGCAGAACGCCGAAUUACGAGAAAUAUAUCUUCACAACCUCUCCGAAUUUGAGUCAUACCACCUUGUUUAUGUUGAUGAAUCUGGAUGUGAUAAACGAGUUGGUUUCCGACGCACAGGCUGGUCACCACUCGGUGUAGCACCUCGACAAGUGUCACAGUUUCACCGUGACGAACGUUAUCAAAUUCUGCCUGCAUACGCCCAAGAUGGUAUUUUGCUUAGCCGCGUCUUUCGUGGGUCAACGGAUGCCGCCGCGUUCGAGGACUUUAUUGAUGAACUCCUUCGACAUUGCGGAAGAUGGCCCGAGCCGAAGUCUGUUCUAGUCAUGGAUAAUGCGUCCUUUCACCACUCCGAACGAAUCUCACAGAUGUGUGCUGACGCCGGCGUGAAAGUCGUCUAUCUGCCUCCAUACUCGCCGGAUCUCAAUCCAAUUGAAGAAUUUUUCUCUGAACUUAAAGGCUGCAUAAAACGUAAUUGGAGCUACUUUGCAGAUGAUCCUGACCGAGAUUUCGGCACCUUCCUUGAACGAUGCAUCAAUCAGGUUGGGGCAAAGAAAGACAGUGCUAGGGGCCAUUUUCGGCACGCAGGCCUCAGUGUUGAGGAUUUCGGUGACUGA